AUGGCUCUUGAACAUCGAGGCCUUGUUGCUAUUACCGGCGCAAAUGGAACGAUAGGCUACGCAUGCGUUGUGUAUGCUCUACAGAAUGGAUACCGCGUACGCUGCGUCGUGCGGCGUGAAGCUGCCAUUGCAGUCAUGAAGUCAGGCCCUUCGAUUCAACAAUACAUAGACCGCAUCGAGUUUGCUGUUGUGGCAAACAAUGCGAUUGAAGGAGCUUACGAUAAAGCUCUAGCUGGUGUGGAUUAUGCCGUGCACGUCGCGGGUGCAUGGCCUUUACCACAUCUGCAUCCAGAUGACGAAAUAUACUAUCCAUUUAUGAACUCGAUGAAAAACAUACUCCAAGCUGCUAAGAAGUCGGGAACAGUCAAACGCCUCGUGUUUACCCAAGCCGGCGCAGGACUAGUCAACUCUGAAGACGGGGACAGCAUGGGCAACCGGAUGAAUCAAAACAUUCGAGUCAACCAAGUAUCACUGUCUUUCACACCACCCCUGAAGUCCUCCCACAACGCAUACUGUGCCUCGAAGUCGCAGUGCAUGACCUACCUCAAUAGUCUGCGUCUUAGCAGGACAACUCCAUUCUCCAUUGUCCAAAUCAUCCCAGGCACCGUGAUUGGCCCCUCAGAACUCGCGACCACGACAUCACAAGCAUACUCUCAGAUGGACCGCCAAACUAAGGCCCUCAUAUUCGAUGAGAUGAAGCCAAAAUAUGCCUUUGGCUUUGUGCACGUCCAAGAUUGCGCUAGAGUACAUAUUGAGGCUUUAGAUGAGAUAAAAGUGAAGAGUGAGGAUUUGCCAUCUUGGUUCAUUGCAGGUGCAACGGUCGAGGAGGGGUUCGAUGGGCCCAGAUUGUGGAACAAAGCAGCGGAUAUGAUUGAAAGAGUGUUCAAAGGGGAGGUGGAAGAGGGAGUGUUCACAGUGGGAAGAACUAAAGUGCCGAUCAACAUGCCGUACCGCAUCGACUCAAGGCUGACAGAGAAUACAUUACUCGGCGGGGAGAAUAUUAGGGGACUGGAAGAGAGCGUAAAGGAAGUAGCGCAGUGGUAUGUUGGCCUGAAGCGCAAAGAAAAUUUACUUCAGAUGUUGAGCGACGAGCAUGAUCAUAGUGGAAAUAAGGGCUAA